UCGGCAGCAGUGUCGGCGGUGGCCGGUGGGAAAUGGCGGAGUACUUGGCCUCCAUCUUCGGUACCGAGAAAGAUAAAGUCAACUGCUCAUUUUAUUUCAAGAUCGGAGCGUGUCGCCAUGGAGACAGAUGCUCUCGGCUGCACAACAAACCGACCUUUAGCCAGACCAUCUUGAUUCAAAACAUCUAUCGUAAUCCCCAAAACAGUGCACAGACGGCUGGCGGCUCACACUGUGCCGUGAGCGAUGUCGAGAUGCAGGAGAACUAUGAUGAGUUCUUUCAGGAGGUUUUCGCAGAGAUGGAGAAGUACGGGGAGGUGGAGGAGAUGAACGUCUGUGACAACCUUGGAGACCACCUCGUUGGGAAUGUGUACGUCAAGUUUCGCCGAGAAGAGGAUGCAGAAAAGGCCGUGAUUCACUUGAACAACCGCUGGCUUAACGGGCAGCCCAUCCAUGCCGAGCUCUCCCCUGUGACCGACUUCAGAGAAGCCUGCUGCCGGCAGUACGAGAUGGGAGAGUGCUCGCGAGGAGGCUUCUGCAACUUCAUGCAUCUGAAGCCCAUUUCUCGGGAGCUGCGGCGGGAGUUGUACGGGCGCCGUGGCAAGAAGCGUAGGUCGAGGUCCCGGUUCCGGGAGCGUCGCUCUCCGUCGAGAGACCGCGGUCGAGGCGGCGGCGGCGGCAGACGGGAGCGCGACAGGAGGCGGUCGAGAGAUCGGGAGAGAUCCGGGCGGUUCUGAGCCAUGCCGGUUUUAUGUAUGUCUGCUGGAGGCAAGUCGUGACUGGCCCAAGACUGUAGUUCUCCAACUGUGGUAUCCAGAUCAGCAUCACCAGGAAAUUUGUUAGAACUG